AAAAAAAAGGCCGAACGAAGAGAGCCUUAAUUCGAAUCACUGUUUCAAUCAUAUUCCACUCCACGUAGGAGCCAAAUGAAAUCCCUGUUUCACACCCACCCAAAACACAAAUCCCUCGUCCACCAAAAAGAAAUACUUCUACAAACCAAAAACGCACUAUUAUAUAUGCCAAACCCCAUCCAUCAAUACUAUCUUCCUCUUUCUAUCUGCCCACCCCAACAUUGUCUUCCUUUUUCUCUUUCUUUGUUCCUCUGAAAUGGAGAAUCCUUCAUCUUCACCCUCAUUUCCACCUGAGUUAGAUUUGGACAACCUCAAAGCCAUCAAAAUCCUAGGCAAAGGAGCCAUGGGCACUGUCUUUCUCGUCCACGACUCAUCUAUCGACCCCACUGCUCGUUCCCCGUUUGCCCUCAAAGUUGUCCAAAGAUCCAAACAUGACGCUGACCGACGUGCUCGUUGGGAAAUUGGGGUCUUAACCAGGCUUUCCCCUCCCGAACCUACUCUUCAACACCCAUUUCUCCCUCGUCUUCUGGGUCGUCUCGAAACCCCCUUGUUUCUUGCCUGGGCUGUCCCUUACUGCCCUGGCUCCGACCUCAACGUCCUCCGCUACCGUCAAAACGAUCACGUUUUCUCCCCUGCCGUUAUCCGGUUUUACCUGGCUGAGAUCCUCUGCGCUCUCGAGCACCUGCAUUCAUUGGGCAUCGUUUACCGAGAUCUCAAGCCUGAAAACAUCCUCAUUCAACAGUCAGGUCACGCAACUUUAACGGAUUUCGAUCUUUCACGCAACUUAAAGAAGAAACAAUUGUCAGAAAUUUUAACUUACGACGAAAAGGAUCAAAAUUCAUUGCCUGAAAUUCCGGUUCAACGUAAACAUCGACGAAACUUUACUCGAUGGAUACCCGUCGUACCUGAUAACAAAUAUAACAAAGCUUUGAAGAAGGCGAAAUCAGCUCGAGUCAGUCCAGUGAGUCGACGAAAGCUCAGCUUCUCAAACGGGGAACGUUCCAACUCCUUCGUGGGCACCGAGGAAUACGUGUCACCUGAAGUCGUACGUGGAGAUGGACAUGAAUUCGCCGUCGAUUGGUGGGCUCUCGGAAUUCUAACCUACGAGAUGCUUUACGGGACGACACCUUUUAAAGGGAAGAAUAGGAAGGAGACGUUUCGAAACGUUUUGGCCAAAGAGCCGGAGUUCAUGGGACAACGGAACGCUUUAACGGAUUUGAUCGGAAGGUUAUUACGAAAGGAUCCGAAAAAAAGACUCGGAUAUCACGCAGGCGCGUGCGAGAUCAAGGAGCACGCGUUCUUUAAAGGGGUUAGGUGGGACCUCUUAACGGAUGUGUUACGGCCGCCGUUCAUUCCGUCUAGAGACGACGGUGAUUUGACGGAGAAAGUAACUGUAGGACAAAUAGAUAUAAGGGAAUACUUCCAGAGUUUGAAAGCUCCGUCGUCAAUGCAACCAUCGCCGUUACCGUCACCGUCAUCGGAGCAUAGACAGAACGUUUCUUUCACGGAGUACUAAUGCACAUGUAAGGUUCAGUUAGAUAAAAUUUUUUUUUUUUUUUUUUUGACAUUUUAAUUUUCGUUUUGUAGUGUUAGUGUAAAUAAAAUAAGGGUAGAAACUAUAAACGUGAAAGUGGCGGAGAUUAUCGGUAUAAAGUCAUUACAGAUUGUAGUAUUGUACAAUUGUUUAUACGGUUACUAUACUUUUUGAUGACUUCUUUUCCUCUCCUUUCAUGGAGCGUGUCUGUCACGCUCCACCAUAGGAUUUGCCCGAUGCUGAAGGUUCAAAGAGAAGGGUUUUUGAAGUCCAAAGAAAUUAAAGUAAAGGGUAUUUAUAUUUUGUUUUUGUAAAAAAAUUUUUAAUAUGAGAAUAAAAA